GCACUUCUUCCUGGACAUUAUCAAAGGAAUUGGAGCUGAGAAUUCAGAUAGCCGUUUCUUGGAGUUCUUCACACAGAACUGUGAUCUUCAUCUCUGAAAACUUCUUUGCAAGGUUGCGAGCGGCUGAGAGUUGCGGGAGGGCGGCCGUCGAGGAUCCCGGGGUCGAGCCGCAAUGAAGCGCUCCCUGGCGAAGUGGUUCCACUCGGACGAGAAGAAGCGGAGCCCGUCCUACGAAGGCGUCGUGUGCGAAUCAGACGCAGCUUCGUUGGCCUCGCAGGAUGUUUUUAAGGUGAUCUCAGAUGGAAGUGCCUGCAGACUCCGGAGCUUUAUUAAGAAGAACCGUGAUGGACUUAAAAAAGUAGAUGAUCUCAAUGCCACUCCAUUGCAUCAUGCUGCUGGACAAGGACAACUUGACUCAAUGCAGAUGAUUAUUGAUGGUUCUCCAGCUGAAGCACUAAAUGUGACUGACAACUCUGGAAACACACCACUGCACUGGGCCACCAAAAAAAAGCAGAUUGAAAGUGUUAAGUUUCUUCUUAGCAGAGGAGCUAAUCCAAAUAUUCUUAACUCCAAUUUGAUGGCACCACUUCACUUGACUGUACAGUCUCUUCAAAAUGAAAUAGUGAAGAUUUUGGCUGAACACAGCACUACAGAUGUUAACCUGGAAGGAGAAGGUGGGAACACACCUGUAAUGGUAGCAUGUUAUAAAGAUAAUGCUGAAGCACUGAAAAUUCUGAUAGAAAAUGGUGGUAAAAUAUGUAAAGCAAGCAGUAUGGGCUGUAUGCCAAUUCAUGCAGCUGCAUUUUCUGGUUCCAAAGCAUGCAUGGAUAUUCUUUUGAAAAAGGGGGAAGAGUUAGGCUAUUCUGCUGAAAAUCACAUCAAUUUUACUAAUCAAGGGAAAUGUAGUCCUCUUCACCUGGCAGUUCAAAGUGGUGACUUGGAAAUGAUUAAAAUGUGCCUUGAAUAUGGAGCACAACUUGAUCUGAAGCAGAAUGACAAAUGUACCGCUCUUCAUUUUGCUGCUACCCAAGGAGCCACUGAGAUUCUGAAAUUAAUGAUGUCAUCUUAUAAAGGCGAAGACUCUAUAAUUGAUGCUUUAGAUGGGAAUAAAGAAACAUUACUUCACAGGACUGCAUUGUUUGAUCACUAUGAACUAGCAGAAUAUCUGAUAUCAAUGGGAGCAAAGAUUGAUUGUGUUGAUAUUGAAGGUCGAACUCCACUAUUACUUGCAACCUCUUCUGCGUCAUGGAAAAUUGUGAAUUUACUACUCUCAAAAGGAGCAAAUGUAGAGAUAAAAGAUUGUCUGGGUCGUAACUUUUUACAUCUGACAGUACUACAUCCUGGAGGAUUACAACAGUUGAAUGAAAAAUUUUUACAGAUGAAGCAUAUUAAAGAUCUUGUAACUGAGGAAGAUAACGAGGGGUGUACUCCACUACAUUAUGCAUGUAGACAAGGGGUUCCCCUUUCUGUGAACAAUCUGCUUGAUUUGAAUGUUUCCAUCUAUUCUAAAAGCCGAGACAAGAAGUCUCCAUUGCAUUUUGCAGCUAGCUAUGGGCGUUUUAAUACAUGUCAACGACUUCUACGAGAUAUGAUAGAUACCAGGCUUUUGAAUGAAGGAGACAAGAAGGGAAUGACCCCUCUACACUUGGCUGCUCAAAAUGGCCAUGAAAAAGUAGUGCAGUUUCUGCUUAAAAGAGGUGCUCUCUUUCUGUGUGAUUUUAAAGGCUGGACAGCUUUACAUCAUGCUGCCUUUGGAGGGUAUACUCGCACAAUGCAGAUUAUUUUGGAUACCAAUGUUAAGAGCACAGACAAAGUGGAUGAAGAUGGGAACACAGCUCUUCAUCUUGCUGCCAAUGAAGGUCAUGCAAAAGCAGUUAAGAUGCUUCUUGAUGCCGGGGCCAAAAUAGUCUUGAACAAAACUGAUGCUUCUUUUCUUCAUGAGGCAAUACACAAUGGGCGGAAAGAUGUCGUGAAUGCUGUUAUCUUACAUAAAAGAUGGGAAGAGUCUAUGGCAACAUUUUCUCACCAUUCUUCUUCCAAUAAAUGUGCUAUAUUGGAGAUGGUUGAAUAUCUUCCUGAUUGUUUUAAGUUAGUUUUAGACAAUUGCAUUGUUGAAUCAUCAGAGGAAAAGGCAUGCAGAGACUUCUAUAUUGAAUACAACUUCAGGUACCUUCAGUGUCCCUUGAACUUAACUAAGAAGUUAAAGGAAGAUGAAGACAUAGUCUACGAACCACUUAUUACGCUAAAUGCUAUGGUACGCCAUAAUCGUGUUGAAUUGCUCAGUCAUCCUGUCUGUAAGGAAUAUUUACUCAUGAAAUGGAUGGCUUAUGGGUUCCGGGCACAUCUUAUGAAUCUUGGUGUAUAUUCUCUUGGGCUAAUACCACUAACAAUUCUGAUCACCCACAUAGAUCCAGGAAUGUAUUUCAAUGGAACAACAAAUCAGCCAGGACCUUUUGACAAUCAGAAUUCAUACUUCAUAAAAGUAUGUAUGUGUUUGGUGUUCAUCAUGAGUGUGUUGGGAAUCUGCAAAGAAAUAAUACAGCUGAUCCAACAGAAACUUAGAUAUUUGUUGGAUAUUUCCAAUCUCCUUGACUGGGCAAUUCAUAGUACGAGCAUCAUUUUUGUAUCAUCUUUAUUUAUUAAACUUGAUCAAGCUGCAUUACAGUGGGAAUGUGGUGCAAUCGCUAUAUUCUUGUCAUGGAUGAAUUUCUUGCUGUAUCUGCAAAGAUUUGAAAAUUAUGGAAUCUAUGUUGUGAUGUUUUGGGAAAUUUUGAGAACUCUGCUCCGGAUUCUUGUGGUGUUCUUCUUUUUGGUCUUAGCAUUUGGGCUCAGUUUCCAUGUUCUCCUUGGAACACAGCUAACAUUCAGCCGUCCACAUCUUUCUGUAAUGCAGACAUUUGCUAUGAUGUUAGGAGAUAUCAAUUACCAUGAAGGUUUCCUUGAACCAUUGUUCGCCCAUAAAUUGCGUUAUCCAUUUCUGAGUUUUGUAAUUCUCACCAUCUUCACUAUGCUUGUUCCAAUACUACUUAUGAACUUGCUGAUUGGUUUGGCGGUUGGGGACAUUGCAGAAGUGCAAAAAUUUGCUGCACUGAAAAGAAUUGCAAUGCAGGUUAACCUUCACACUAACCUAGAGAAAAAAAUUCCAUAUUGGUUUCUCAGCAGAGUUGAUCAAGACACAAUUACAGUGUAUCCUAACCGGUCAAGAUACUGUGGAUUCAUGAGCGUGUUCCAAUAUUGCUUUGGAUGUGAUGAUACAGCAGCAGAUACUCAAAGUGCUGACAGAACUUUAGAACUAGAACUACUGAAACAGAAAUACAGACUUAAGGAUAUGGCAACCCUCCUGGAGAAACAACAUGACCUCCUUAAACUGGUAAUUCAGAAAAUGGAGAUCAUAUCUGAGAUUGAAGAUGAGGAUGCAAUUGAUUUAUUCCAGCACAAAUUUAGGAAACAUCAAUUGGACAAUAAAUGCAGCAAAUGGGAUACAGUGUUAAAGGCAGUAAAAGUCAAAGAUGCCUAGCUGUUUACUAGUGGAUACUAAGAUGCAAAUGACAAUUCACCCUUCUAGUAACCCCUGAAAGGCUUUGUUGAGGGGGAAAGCCUCUGAAUCAAUAGCAUGCAGACUUUCAGUUGCUGAAUGACUAGUAGACCCUUCCUGAUGUCAACAGCUCAUGUAACAGACUUCUGGUUAACUGAUGCCUCUCCUUUUUUCUCACUGCAGCUUUAUUGUAGUUACUGUAACCUGCGUACAGGUUAUUAUGCAAGUAAUCCUAAGCAUGUCUGUUCAGAAGUAAGCCCCAUUUUAUUCAGUGGAUCUGACUCCCAUAAAAAGUAAUGUGGGCCUAUAGUUUCAUAGGCUGUUUUCCAGCUGCAGGAAAAUAAUAUUAAUGGUUUGUACACUUUGGGCUGGGUCCCUUGAGAAAGUUCCAUGCGUGGAACAGUCCUUGCACAAGUGGAAAGGAUGUAGUCACUCCUUGCUGAUUGCUUGGGCUGUGACAGCGAUUGUGUCUCCUCUAUUCAAUAUGCACAAAUCAUGGAACAAGGUACUCUGAUAAAAUUUUGAGACUGAAUUAAAUGAACUCAUCGGAACCAACCGCUCAUCAGUAUUUUGUUAAAAUUACAUUCAUGUGCUAAAUGUUGUUACAGCUGUGGGGCUACUGCUUGCACAAAUGGAGCUAUGCUAAGCACACUCUUGUUUCCACUUAUGCAUUACUAGAUUGAACCCCAUGUAUACGACAUAUUCACAAUAAAAGGUUACAUACGGUAACUUAGCUUUAUGGCUAUGCAUCUGUUCUCAAUCAGAGAAAUUAUAAAUGGCAGCAAUGUUGUCUCCUUUGCUAAUUCAUUCUGAUCAACCUAUUUCACUCGAUAAACUGCAAUGAAGAGAGGAGUGAUAUCAGCAAGCAGUUCAUUGGAUCCCAUCCUAUGUUAUCCCAGAAUUUGGAUUAGAACCUUUCUUUACCAAUAAUUUCCAAGUUGAGUAUAUGGUUAUUUUUUACUAUUUCUAAUUUCAAAAACUGAUUCGUAACAAUUAUCAUCAUUGCAUGACAAAAUGCAUACUCCCACCAAAGGUACACAUUCUAGAAUCUCAUGAUUCUGUGGGAAUAACAAACUCCCAACUGAAAAUAAUAGGCUUUGCAAAUGUUUAACUUUGACUUGAUCAUCUCAGUAUAUAUGUCCCAAAUAAUGUUAUACUGGAAUAAUGGAACUGUAAAGAUCUUCUCACUUAUCAAAGCUCAUGCUGAAUGUUUAUCCUAAGAACUGUUUUUUUCCCACUGGCAAAC